AUGACCGAUAUCAAUUACCUGCUCCACGAGAGCGCCGUCGGAUAUGCAAUCUUCGAGGUCGUCCACCAAGCCGACACCGUCGGCAACAGAUUGAAGGAGGUUCAAGAUGCUUCCCAAGACCUCGCAAAGUUCGGAAAAAUGGUAAAGCUUGUAAACUUUGCGCCAUACAGAGGAGCAGCCGAAGCUCUCGAGAACGUCAAUGAUGUGUCUGAGGGUGUCCUGUCCGAGUACCUGCGAUCGAACCUCGAAUUGAACCUCCCAAAGCCGUCCAAGAAGAAGAAGGUUGUGCUCGGUGUGUCGGAUAAGAAUUUGGCGGGGAGCAUCAAGGCCUCCUUCCCCGGUGUCGACUGCGAGACUGGUGAGACUUCCGAGGUAGUCGCUGAUCUGCUCCGUGGACUGCGAUUCCAUGCAGGAAAGCUUCUUAAGGGUCUUCAAGAAGGCGAUGUGGAGAGAGCACAGCUUGGUCUGGGUCACGCUUAUUCUCGCGCGCGAGUAAAGUUCUCGGUCCAGAAGAACGAUAACCACAUCAUCCAAGCUAUUGCGACACUCGACCACCUCGACAAGGCUGUUAAUACCUUUUCCAUGCGCGUUCGAGAGUGGUACGGCUGGCACUUUCCAGAACUCGUCCGAAUCGCUUCCGACAACCACACCUAUGCCAAGCUUGCUCUUGCGAUUGGCGACAAGAAGACCUUGACCGAUGCCUCGCUACACGAUCUGGCUGCUAUCGUGAACGAUGAUGGAGACAUUGCACAGGCAAUUAUCGAUGCUGCCCGAGUUAGUAUGGGUCAAGAUAUUUCAGAUAACGACAUGGAGAACGUUUCAGCUUUCGCAAACCGCGUAGUCAAGCUCGCCGAGUACAGGAGAUCACUCUUCCAAUACUUGACAGACAAGAUGGCAGUCGUUGCACCCAAUUUAGCUUCGCUGAUCGGAGAGGUCGUUGCCGCGCGCCUUAUCUCCCAUGCCGGUUCGCUAACCAACCUCUCAAAAUACCCCGCCUCCACUGUUCAAAUUCUCGGUGCUGAGAAGGCUUUAUUCAGAGCGCUGAAGACAAAGGGAAACACCCCAAAAUACGGAUUGAUCUACCAUUCGAGCUUCAUCGGCCGCGCUGGAGCAAAGAACAAGGGUCGUAUUUCAAGAUUUUUGGCCAACAAGUGCAGUAUUGCAAGCAGAAUUGAUAAUUUCUCCGAAGAGCCAACCACAAAGUUCGGCUUGGCACUGAGAAAGCAGGUUGAGGAAAGAUUGGAUUUCUACGCCACCGGAGCCGCACCUCAAAAGAACGAGGAUGUUAUGAAAUCCGCAAUGGACGCAGUCCUUGGAGAUAUCAAGGUAGCCGACCCAAGCGAAGACGCCGAGAUGGCAGACAUCACCCCCCAAGCCGUCCAAAAGCAAGAGAAAAGGUCGAAGGACAAGAAGGAAAAGUCGAAAGACAAGACAUCCAAAAAGGAUAAGAAGCGCCGACACAGUGAGGCGAACGGAGACGAGGAUGCCGCCGUCGAGAAGAAAAAGAAGAAGAGCAAGCGGGAGUCACUUGCGGCGCAGGAGUAA